AGAUCAAAGUUCUCUGAGAUAACAUCUGUCACUGUACAUUUAUGGUUCCGAACAGAUGCGGCUGUGCACGGAACCGCGAGGGACUGUAAGACCACGCCUUUCAGUGGCGCACACGUGCUAUAUGGGUGGUGUGAACAUGAACAACCUGAUCUGAGACGGGUUUCUUUAAACUAGUGUUUGGAGAAACAGAAUGUCUGCAGACAUGGAUGGAAUCUACCCGUUGCAGGAGGUGAGACCAGAGGGCCAGACCAAAGUUAGAGAGUCCCACAGGCUUGUGUCAGAGGCGAAGAGGGAUGUAUGGAGGGACAGUAAAGAGGAGCAGCAAGGGCCUUCCUGUUGCCUCAGUGUCAAACAGAUCUCUUACACAGUCAGUGUGUGCAUGUGUUUUUCAGUGAGCAUGUUGGUCCCUGGUGGAACUUGCGGUCAUACAGACAGCGAUGGACCCGUCAGAUCUUCAACGACAUUUCCUUCCAUGUGGACAGCGGGCAAAUCAUGGGCAUGCUGGGAAAUUCAGGCUCUGGGAAAACCACACUGUUGGAUGCCAUAUCUGGGAGGAUUAAAAAUUCUGGUGCCCUUUUGGGAGAGGUCUUUAUUAAUGGCAGAAAACUAAAGAGAGAAGAGUAUCAGGACUGCUUCUCCUACGUGCUGCAGAGCGACAACCUGCUGAGUCACCUGACGGUGGAGGAGACGUUGACCUACACCGCCCAGCUGGCCCUGCGCAAACUCUCAGCUGUAGCCAUCAAGAAGAAGGUGUCGGCAGUGAUGGCGGAGCUGAGUCUGACUCACGUGGCCCACUGCGUCAUCGGAGGGCGUGUUUUCCCAGGGAUCUCUGGGGGUGAGAGGAGAAGGGUGUCCAUUGCCAGCCAGCUUCUUCAAGACCCCAGGGUGAUCCUACUGGACGAACCCACCACUGGGCUGGACAGUAUGACUGCCAACCAGAUCAUGGUGUUGCUUGCAGAGCUGGCCCGGCGCAACCGCAUCGUCAUAGUAACCAUCCACCAACCGCGCUCUGAGCUUUUCAGGGUGUUCAGCAGAAUCGCAAUCAUGAGUCGUGGUGAGCUGGUGUUCUGUGGACAGCCGGAGGAGAUGGUGGACUUCUUCAGCCAGUGUGGAUAUGAGUGCCCAGAAUACUGCAAUCCCUUUGACAUUUACGUUGACUUCACCUCUGUGGACACACGCAACAGUGAGAGGGAGGCAGCCACGUUCACUCACAUGCAUGACAUCACUUCAUCAUAUCAGAGGUCUUCCAUCUACCAGAGCAUGCUAGGAAAAACCGAGCAAAGCCUGCAGCGGGCACACAAGCCAGCCAUCCCCUUUAAGAGCAAAGAGUCGCCCAGUGGUGUGAUCAAACUCUACGUUCUGCUCAGGCGGAUAACAUGCAAUAUGUCCAGAGACAGGAUUGGGGUUCUGAUGCGUUUAUCCCAGAACCUGAUCUAUGGUUUAUUUGUCGCCUUCUUCGUCAUGCAGUUAAACAAUGAUGUUGCCAAGGGGGCCGUGCAGGACCGCAUCGGCAUCAUCUAUCAGUCUGUUGGUGCUACGCCCUACACCGGCAUGCUGAAUGCUGUAGCACUCUUCCCGGCGUUGCGAGCCAUCAGUGAUCAGGAGAGCCAGGAUGGUUUGUACAACAAGUGGCAAUUGUUUUUGGCUUACAUCUUUCACAUCCUACCCUUCAGCAUCCUGAGCAUCUUCAUCUUCACUUCCUUCCUGUACUGGACGGUAGGAAUGUACCCUGACAUCUUACGGUUCCUGUGUUUCACUGCUGUUGUCCUCGUGCCUCAUGUUAUAGGGGAGCUGCUGACUGUGGUGCUCCUAGGAGUAGUCCAAGACCCAAAUAUGGUCAACACUGGAAUGGCUCUGCUUAAUAUUGCAGGGAUCCUGGUGGGCUCUGGCUUCCUAAGAAGCACUCAGGAGAUGCCAGAGGUCUUCCAGUGGCUCAGUUACCUGACUUUCCAAAAGUACAGCUGUGAACUGUUGAUAGUCACCGAGUUCCACGGACUCAAUUUCACAUGUAAACACUGUUUUCAUGCAUUUGCUAGAUUUAUCUGAAUCAGAUCCUCAGUGAGGGGGGAGUCUGAAAAUUUUGAAAUAUUACAUGCAAUUUACUCAAAUCUGGUGCAAAUAAUAAGCUGAAUGAGAGCUAUUUCUCAGUCCCAUUUUAGUCAUAAAAAACAUUUUUCCCUGGCAAGAUGACAGAACUAUAAUACACAGUCUGUCACAUGGAUUAGAAUACGUCAUUAUUAUUUCAUAAAACCACAUAUUUGCACUGGAGUGUCGCUGUUCUCUCUCCACAUUUAUCUAAACAUCUGACUUCAGCAAUUUCUGCUUUUAUACUGUAACAACUGAUAGUGUCUGAACAUGAACAAAAAUAAAUUUUUGAUACAAGUAAAGCUGCACCUCCUGUUCAUUAAUAGUCACCAAUAUCACUUUUAAUUCUCAGGAACACUGAUUUGGGUUUAAAUUAGAUUCUUAUUCACUUAUAUAAACGGGAAACCCAACAACACAGAUUUUUCCAUCCAGUGGCGACAUCAGC